CGAAAGCCGAGAUUCCCCCGAAAUCUGUUCGGGACGGUCGGGGACGUGAUCUCUCCCUCAUUAGUGAUGGUGCCUCGUAAGAUGGGGAACUCGAGUGCAUCUUACCUUCGGGUGGAAGGUAAACAGUCUCUAUAAAUACGGAGAAAGUUGAAGUGAUACACUCAGUGGUUGCCUACCCAGCGCACCAAGAACAUCGCUUUGUGGUAGGAUAAAACUUUGGCGACACGAAAAUGCUCGGCUUACGAUGGGUAACAGUUGGCCUUUUAGUAGCGACAGCUGCGGCAUGUGUAUCCGGAUCUGGCACGGGGGACCUACUAGAGGAGACCGACGACGGCGGGACUGAGAACCCCUGGAUCCGCGGAGACACAUCAGUAGCAGUGCCUGCAGAGAGCCAGCAAAUCUCCGUCGUUGCAGCCCCCGACCUUCAAGCGUCAGCCUCAGGAUACGGCAAGCAUCACAAAGGGCACAAAGGAUACAAAGGCGGAUACCACGACAAGAAAAGCUACAAAGGGAAAAAGGGACACAAGGAUGAAAAGGGACACAAGAAGAAGCAUAAAGGAGACUACGGCAAGGAUCAUAAAAAAGGUUAUCAUGAUAAAGGCGGCAAGCAUUAUAAAGGCCAUGAGGACAAGCACAAAUAUUAUGGUGACGAACACAAAGGCAAGAAAGGAAAGAAAGGUCACCACUACGGAUCGAAGGGUCACCAUAAUAAGGGUCAUAAAGACAAGGGCUUCAAGAACGUGUACCACAAGGAAGAAUAUCACCACCAGAAAAAGUACUAUGACGAUCAAGACAAAAAGAAAUACCACAACAAAUAUGAUGAUUAUGACAGUUAUUUCAAGGCCAACAAAGGAAAGGAUUAUAAGGGCAAAGAGUAUAAGGGACAAACUGUAGAUAAAUAUGCUAGAAACAUAGAUAAUCAGGAGCACAUUGAAGAGCCAUUGCUUAUAGCAAGGGUGAGAUCCGCCCUCGACAAAAUAAACGACAUUUCUUCGAAUGCGAAAGACGAAAGCCAUGGGGAAACAGACCUCCCUGUCACCCAAGAGCCGGAAGAAUACUUUGGCGGGGUCAUGAGAUACGCCGGACGCGCUCUUCUCGAUAGAAGUUCGAAAGGAAGAGCUCGCUUCCAAAGAAGCAAAUUCUAUAACGAGCAGUGCCAGGUCCACGACCUUAGGAUGAUACGCAGAUACUUGAUGUACUGCGUUAAACAUUCUGGUGAUGUAGGACCACCCGAAGAAGGCGCUCCACCCUGCAGUGAGGAGGACUUAGGCAAGAUUAAAAAAUAUCUGAAUUUCUGCCAGAUACCUUUUCUGGCUAAAGCCUCCAGAGGAGAUAAGAGACAAUACAAAAAACUCAAGGUAAUAGCAAAGAAACUAGACAUGAGAAACAAUAUCAUUGAAGAUGAGGAAGUAUAUCAAGAGUCUGAGUAUGCUGCUGAAGUCUGUAAUGUCGAGGACUUGAGACAAAUGAAAAUUUACAUAGAAGAUUGUUAUUCUCGGAAGGAACCACUAAGUGGGCGACCCUUCUGUGAGCUUGCAAAUUACGAGAAGUCUCUUGAAUAUCUUUCGACCUGUGAAAUAUUUUUCCUGUCUAAGGCUUCUCGACGAGAUAAAAGGCAAUAUAGUCGCCUUCUUUCAAUGGCUUCAGCCAUGAUUCAAGAAGUAGACAAAACUGAGAGUAGUAGUGAAAAGGAGCACUCACAACCAGAGUGUUUAAUUGAAGAUCUAAGAGAAGCACAGAGAUAUGUGAAUGGAUGCAAAAAAUUAUUGAAAGGAGGCAAAUCUAAAAGGAAAUAUGGGGCCAAGGUCUGCCAGAGAGAACAUCUGCUAAAAAUAAACAGUUAUUUGUUGGGAUGCGAGGAUUUUUUCUUGGGAGAUGCAUCAGCAAGGGACAGGAGUCAAUAUUCGAAUCUCGUAUUAACCUCAGAAGUUCUCGGAGUGGAACCAGGUGAACAAAGCGAGUCACAAGAAGAAGAAAGAGUAGAUGACAAUAUAGCACAAUGUGAAAUCAAAGAUCUCAGGAGAAUACCCCGAUACCUGAGAUCUUGUGAUCAGUCCGAGUCAUGUGAAAUUGAUCAACUGUCGAAAGUUUACGAGUUUCUCGUGUCCUGCGAGACGUUCUUCUUGCAAACGGCAUCCGAAAGGGACCGAAGCAAGUAUAAUGAACUCACCAUCAAGGCAGAAAUACUGAGUACCCGAGAAAACAUCGAACAGUGGAGAGAAGAGACCGUUGAAGAGAAAAAGCUUAAUGCACAAUGUAAAUUCAAAGAUCUCAGGAGAAUACCCCGAUACCUGAGAUCUUGUGAUCAGUUCAAAUCAUGUGAAAUUGAUCAACUAUCGAAAGUUUACGAGUUUCUCGUGUCCUGUGAGACGUUCUUCCUGCAAACGGCAUCUGAAAGGGACCGAAGCAAGUAUAAUGAACUCACCAUCAAGGCAGAAAUGCUGAGUACCCGAGAAAACAUCGAACAGUGGAGAGAAGAGACCGUUGAAGAGAAAAAGCGUAUAGAAUCAAUCUGUAAAAUUCAUGUCCUAAGAAAGAUUCCAAAAUAUCUACGAGCCUGUUAUAAGUCGAGAGACUGCAAACUUAAGCGGCUAUUGAAACUUCAAAAAUUCCUUGGUCUUUGCGAAGAUUUUUUUACCAUAGCCGCUUCCCCUAAAGACAGGGGGAAGUAUGCUAAAUAUUUUCGAUGGUCCACGGAGAUCGUUGAUAAAGGGAGAUACAGGGAGGUCAGUAAGAAGGAAGAAGUGCACAGACAAGACAGAGGGAUGCGCUGUGACCUAGAAGAUCUCAGAAAAGUUCCGAAGUAUCUGAGUGACUGCACAAAAACAAAGACUUGCAAGAAAAAGCAGCUAUCAAAGGUGUUUAGGUUCCUGUUCAUCUGUGAAAUCCCUUUCACCAGUACUGCGUCUCACCGGGACAAGAAAAAAUACAGAAAACUGAUGAAUGUGUCAGAGAAAUUGAAACUAAAUAAGCCAGUAACUAUUAAACCUGUAAAACGAAGGAGAGAGAGCACCCCAACUACGUGCGCAACUCGUGAUCUAAGAAAAAUCCCAAGAUACCUAAGUAGAUGUGCCACAUCAAACAAGUGUAGGCCGAGGCAGCUGGCAAAAGUACAUAAGUAUAUGACAUCAUGCAAGAGGACAUUUACCAAAAAGGCCUCUCGAAGUGAUCAAAGGAAAUAUGCUAAACUGACAGCUCUCUCCAAGAGAAUAUUACACAAGAAAGAACCUAGAUUAAGUCACAAGCAGCAUAGGAGAGAGCGAAAAGUCAGUCCUAGACGCCAGAAGACGAGGGAGAGCAUCCACCAUCCCAAAUGCAAAGUGACAGACUUAAGAAAAGUUAAAAAGUACCUUACAAGAUGCACUGCCAAGACAACGUCAAGAGGAGGAAGACGACAGGCCCAAAGGGGAAACGUCUGCGGAAAAGGAAAAUUGAAUAAAAUGAAGAAAUUCCUGCUGUCGUGUAAGAGAGAUUUCUUGAGGAGGGCAUCCCGAUCUGACAUGAAACAGUACCACAAACUCAUUGUCAUAUCGAAGAAAGGAGUAAAGCAACAAGGUCGCAGGAAGGGCAAACAAGCAGCAGCUAGCAAACGAAAAGUAUGUAAGGUCGGCGAUUUAAGAAAGGUUCCAAAAUAUCUUAAGAAAUGUUCUGACGCAAUUCGACGAAACCUGAGGAAGGGCUCGAAAAUAACUGUUUGCAAAAAGGAAAAUAUCAUAAAAUUACGCAAAUACCUGGACGACUGCCAAAGUACUUUCCUUAAAAGCGCAUCCAAAAAAGACAAGAGGCAAUAUAAAUCCCUGGCCGCCUUGUCCAACAAACUAUCUCGACUAAUCCAGCGACAAAGUGAUAAACGAACUGACAAGAAAGAAAUCUAUCCUUGCGAUAAGGAUUCCCUACGGAAGCUGGAAAAGCACGUCAAGCACUGUCAGGCUAAGAUAAAAAGGGAUAAGAAAAGGGCGGGGGCUUACCGACGGCGAAAACAAGAAAGGGCCAGAUAUAUGCGCACCAAGAGGCGAUACAGAAAACAAAGGAGUUACCCCCGCAAAGAAAACGAGAGAUGCAGGGUUUGGGAGAGACGAGCCAGGCGUAAAUAUAGACAGGGAGGAAAAUACCACGACAAGUACGGCAAGAAGGGUGAUCACGAGAAGGGUAAAUACCACGAUGACCAUAAGGGCCACAAAGGCCACUAUGACCACAAGAGCCACUACGGGGACAAGAGUUCCUACGGUAAGAAGGGAGGAUACAAAGGGGAUUAUGGCCACGACGACUACGGGCAUGAUGACCACGACCAUCAUGGGUAUGGCCAUGACGACCAUCAUGGUCAUGGAUACGGCCACGGCGAUUAUCAUGGUCACGGGUACAUGAUGUACCCGGCAUUUGCUCCAAGAAUGCCAGUGUACUGCUUUCGACGAGAUUACUGCGCCCCUUUUAUUCCUCCACCUGUUUACUCUUUCCCCUUCCCUUACUUCUGAUAACCAUUCAAUAAGAAUGAUUUACUAACUCUUCCAGGAACUGCCCAAUAAUACAACAUUCCUUGGCCGCUUAACUGAUGCUCUGCAUUGAACACGUUGAGUAGGCACUGACAAUCAGUUUUCAAUAAAAAUUUAUUGUUCGUUUCUCAAAUGCUUUGCCUUUCACUAGGCGAAACGACGUGCUGUUAUUUUCAGUUUAAUUCAAGCAUGAAGUAGUUCUUUUUACUCGUUGUGACUAUUAAACCUUACGUUUUUCUUUCUAAUCAAACAACUGAAAAUGCUUUCAACCUCCAUUCUGUAACUAACCUUAAAAUUGUAGAUUACUUCUACGAAUCGGAUUUUAUUCACUAACAUCCAGAUAUCAAAUCAAACUUCUUUUUUUACGCUUGUCAUGUUCUGUUCAUUUCAGUUAUUCCUUUCCACUUUGUAAGUAGUGCUCAUAUCCACAAACUAAUGGCCCUUCCAAACUGCAGGAGGUUACGGCCAUCAUGAUCACGGGGGCUACGGUUCCCACUCCAGUGUCCAUCCCGUGUCAACAAUUGCCAAGCAUGAUGCCCCUGUACCUGCCUACCCUGCUCCUGGCCCGGCCCCUGUAUAUGUCCCUGCUCCUCAAGCG